GAGCAGAUAGCGCUAUCCGAAUACGAAAUUGACGCAUUGGCUUAUCAACGGCGCAAUUGAGAUAGAAGCCGGCGGUGGCUGACGGCGCCAAGGCGCCACGGAAAUUGUGUUCUCCGUCCAGCAUGGAGGUCUAAUCUCGCCUAGCCCGGGUCGGAAGAAGUGGGCAGUCUUGGACAAAAGCUUCAACGGUUCAAGCAUUUUGGAUGGAGGGAUCAUGGGCGGCUUUUCAAGAACCACCCGUGGAUCGUCGUCUUCCACAUGGGACACGAACGAUGCCUGCGCUCCAGUGUAGAACGCAACCUCAACGGGACGAUCUCUGGAGUGAAACAGCGACCAGGUCGAUGGCCUUUGGAGCCCCGCGGAGAGUCUGCAGAACAGCCAUCGACCAGCGCGGUAUGCGGGAGCGCUUUCCCCUAAGCGGCAGGUUCAUCAGACUGGCACCACGGGGUGUGCCGCUGUGCCGCCAUGGCAUGAUGAUAACGAGACGUGCAGGUCUAUUGGUUCCUCGAUGAUCGUCCCGUGUGUGACACGGCGAGAGAUAGAGUCCGAUUAGGACCAGGGAUGGGGGUGGGUUGACGGCCAGAUCGGCGUAUGCUGAUUCGCUCCUCUUU